AAAUUGAAGCAACUGUCUUCUCCCUUAAACCUGCAAAUCGAACAUUUCUUAAAGCUGUAAUUUCUUCUCUUUUGCCUCCAUUAAAGCUCCAGCCAGUUCUCCAUUGACGCUGGAGGUUAGUUUUCGCUCAAUCUUGGUUCGGACAAUUUCUCUCCAUUCAUUCAACUAUCUAGCCCAACGGUUCUCCACCUCUUUGCUUUCUCUCUGUCCCCUCUUCAGCCUCUUGUUGGGCGGGCGGCAAUGGCGUUUCGAUAUAGAAACCUCCGACGAAUUUCUACCGUUUUUCCGCGUCUCUUAUCAGGUGCAGGAUGUGAACAUUGUGGAGAAGCAACUAAUAUAGCCUCCUGUUCGAUGCCAUUGGCACAUACAUUGGAAAAGAUUGAUACAAUUGGUGCAUGGAGAGGCGUGCAUGUCUCAAGGUUGUCAACUUUUGCGGAGAUAUCAAAGGAGGUUCCUCAGGAAGUAGAUCUAAUUGCAUAUAUUAGGUCGACCUUUGAUCUCGUGGAAGGUCCUUCUCAUCGUUGGGUAAAUGUAUCUGAUAAAAGCAUAGAGUUCUUUAACAAAGACGGUGCCUUUUUGCUUGUUGCCGGAGAAUUUUUGGAUGAUCCUUCGGGAUGUCAAAGUGAUCGAAUUCACAUGUUUGAAAAAGUGAAGUUACUUCAGCAGAGGUACCCAUGGCUCCAUGUUUUCGCUUUCCAGUCUUGCGCUUCAGUUUGUUCCAUGUCUGAUCAUGACCGCCUUAUCAAUGUGAUCAUGGAAGAAUACAUACCUUUCCCAAUUUUGUUAUGUAGUAAGAUUUUCCCUGAGGUGGCUUCUAGGCCUUGUUGCAUGUUGUUGAAAGGUCUGAAAGAUCCUCCAUUAUAUCACGAAAGGGACAUUGAUUUGAGUAUUCUUCAUGAAGUUAUUAAAGAUUUAAGUGAGCAGCUUGCCAAGAACGCUAGUAAUGCAAAUAAGCUAAAUAGCACUUGGUCUAAAAUCCGCGAGGGCUUCAAGGAACCUUAUGCUUGUUCUUCACUGCAGAACUUGGUUCUUUGUUUUCCAGCUUGCAUUUCAGCUGAUGAAUCUGGCAAUAGAUUAUUCCUCUCAGACAGCAAUCAUCAUCGAGUAAUUGUAUCUGACUGCGAUGGAGGGAUUUUGGACAUGAUCGGUUCUUCCCCAGGUUUUGAGGAUGGUGACUUCGAAACUGCUAAACUUAUGCGCCCUGCAGCUUCCUAUUAUCAUGCUUCAGAGGAUUACCUGUACAUAGUGGACUCAGAGAAUCAUGCUAUAAGAAGGGCUGAUAUGGGCAGAAGAGUCUUAGAAACAUUGUAUCCAACCUGCAAUGACAAAGGGAGAAGUGGAUUGUGGUCACGGGUCUUGGAUAAACUGGGGUUUAAAAGAGAUGCUGGCAUGAAGUCUGUUGAAUUUGAUUCAGAAGCACUAUUAUUUCCUUGGCAUCUGCUAAAGUCUGUGGAUGAUGACCUCUUAAUCAUGAACAAAAGUUUUAACAGUGUGUGGAUCAUGGAUAUGGGCAGUGGCAUGAUCCGCAAUGUAGUCAAAGGGCAUGGCGAUAUAAUGGAGCUCUGUGGCAAGCAGAUCAUGGAAAAAGUUUCACACUUGAAAGAUAUUUCUCAUGAUUUUCUUCAGCAGUUAGUACAUUCUAGUUAUUCGUUAGGUGGCAUCUCAUAUUCUGGCCUUGUCUCUUCACUUGUUGCCUUGGGAGACCGUUUGCUUAUAUGUGAUACAGUUUCUCAGAGGGUUAUGAUGAUGAAUAGACAAGCUGAUUCUUCUUCAAGUAUUGAAUUCUCAAAUCUCAGAGUUCUUGCCUUGCCAUAUUGGUUAUCUUUUCCUCUGGAAAGAGCUUUUACCACGGGCAGUGUUUGGGAAGCUCAUGUCGAUCAUCUUCAGUCUUUCACGCUGUUACCAGGUAAAAUCGAUGUGCGGUGUACAAUAGGUAUCCCUGGGAAAACAGAACUGGUGGAACCUUUGGAAGAAUCUUGUGUAUGGCGUCAAGUAAGAGGGGCUGCUGUGGAAGUCUCGGGAUUGAAUAACACUGCUGCAACCAAAGAGAAGGUCAGUGCUGCUAAAAGGUGGUCUGCUCAAAAGUGGUAUGAUGACUUGGAUAAUCUUGUUUUCGAAGAAGAACCAGAGCUUUCCUCGGAGGAAAAUACAACUCCACACACAGACUUGGAAGAUGGCAAAAUUCACAUUAACUGUGCUGUCAAUACAAGUCCUGGAACAAGUGAGGUUUUCAUUUUGGCUCCUCUCUAUCUAAAACUGCAAAGUAGUUACAAGACUUGCAAGGACACUGAAGAAAAGGCAGCUAUAAUAGCAGAGAUUCUGAAACCUGACAGAACAGAGAAGAGUGUGAGAGAUGAAAUUGUUCAUUCAUUGUUGAGUUUAAACAGAGAUUUGGGGGAGCUAGUGUUUGUGAAACCGUUGCGCAUAAAGUUGAGACUUGAGAUUAUCAAUCCCCCUAAACCUGAGAACUCAAGGGACAUCAUAUUAACUGAUUCAACGGUUGAUGUUAAUGUAACUCUCAGUUAGUGUAUUUCUGAAAACUUGAUGAAGAUAAAUAAAUUUUGCAGAGGGUAGCAAGUGAUGUUAAUGUAUCAUGUAGAAUAAUCCUGAACGCUUCAUGAUGAUUAUAAGUUAUAGUUAAAGUUAUCUUUGCAGAUGUUUUUGAUUUCGCGGUUGGAUGAAGGCUUUGAAAUAGUCUGCUGAAGUUGAUUAUUUGAUAUUUCAAUAAAUUUGAUCUUGUUAUUCAAGAUUAUUCUGGGAUUA